AUGGCCGCGGGGGCGCCUGCUCGGGUGAGAAACGGGGCCGCGGGGGCGAGGGGUUGGAGUGAGAGGCGUGUCCGUAAUAACUCCCUUAUGAAGCUAUUUAAAGUUUGCCGACACGUUAUCUGUAAUUCCUUAGAACUGUGCUGCAGCGACCUCUUCGGAUAUCCUAGACGAGAAGCCCGAGGCUCCAGAGCCGAGGACGGAGAGACCGAAACGAACCCCGCUCUGAAGGAGGCCCCUGAGCCUCCCCGCCCUCGGUCCUCAGGGCUGACUUUGCCUACCCACCCCAGAUUCCAGAUACCGCUGACAUUUGAUGAUGUGGCCAUGUAUUUCUCUGAGGAAGAAUGGAGAAACUUGGAGGAUUGGCAGAAGGAACUUUAUAAGAACAUAAUGAAGUCCAAUUAUGAGACUUUGGUCUUCUUGGGCUUUGCCAUUCCCAAGCCAGACUUGAUCAUCUUGAUUGAACAGGGGAAAGAGCCAUUCAUCAGAAAUCUGGGAAACUUGGAGAGAACAGACCUGGUAGUCAGCACCAAUGCUAAUGAUCUUCUCAACUUGGAGAGCACAAAGGGGCAGCUGUUUUGGGAGGAUGAGGGGUCUAUGAAUUCACAAGAGGAAAAGCACUAUUUUUAUGAUUCUCAAAACCAGGACUUACCUGAAUCAUUAUCAGGAAAAAGAAGAGAAGCUUUCUUUACACUUGGUCAACAAGGCUCUUAUUUAAGGAGCCCAUAUAACCAAGAUUCACAGUCUUUGGCUCCAAAAGCCCACAACAUCAAGAAAUCCAACUCAUAUAAGAGAGACUUGAACCACAAAACUGAGGGAUCCCUUUCCUUCCAGAAAAAUUUCAAGAGCCACAAGAAAGCACAAGAGGACCUGUCCAAAAGAAAGGGAGCAUUUGUAUUGGACCUUACCCAGAAGACAAAGCUCCCGGAACACAACAGAUUGCAUAAGAAUAAGAAGCCCUUCUCCUGCCUCAAAUGCAGCAAGAGCUUCGCCAGGAAGGACGUACUUAAGGUCCACCAGCGCCUACACAACAGUGAGAGGCCCUUCCAGUGCCCCCAGUGUGACACCAGUUUCCGCCUAAAGAGGCAACUACUCAGCCACCAGCGCCUACAUAUAGGCGAUAGGCCCUUCCAGUGCCCCCAGUGUGACAGCAGUUUCCAUCUAAAGGAUGUUCUAAAAGCCCAUCAGUGCACACAUAGUGGAGAAUGGCCUUUCUCUUGCAGUGAAUGUGGCAAAGGCUUCAUCAGACAGCUCCACCUCACAGAGCACCUCCGAAUGCAUACGGGAGAGAAGCCUUUCCGGUGCCCCCAGUGUGACAAGAGCUUCCGCCUAAAGGGCACCCUCAAGGUCCACCAGUAUGUGCACAGCAGAGAUCGGCCAUUCUCUUGUGAAAAAGGUGGCAAAGGCUUCACCACACAGUUCCACCUCACAGAGCACCUCCGAAUGCAUACGGGAGAGAAGCCUUUCCGGUGCCCCCAGUGUGACAAGAGCUUCCGCCUAAAGGGCACCCUCAAGGUCCACCAGUAUCACCUCCGAAUGCAUACGGGAGAGAAGCCUUUCCGGUGCCCCCAGUGUGACAAGAGCUUCCGCCUAAAGGGCACCCUCAAGGUCCACCAGUAUGUGCACAGCAGAGAUCGGCCAUUCUCUUGUGAGAAAUGUGGCAAAGGCUUCACCACACAGUUCCACCUUACAGAGCACCUCCGAAUGCAUACAGGAGAGAAGCCUUUCCGGUGCCCACAGUGUGACAAGAGCUUCCGCCUAAAGGGCACCCUCAGGGUCCACCAGUUACACAGUGGUGAGAAACCCUUUCAGUGCCCUGAAUGUGACACCAGCUUUCGCUUGAAGAGUGGCUUGAAUAACCAUCAGCGCUUACACCACAAAGAGAGGCCAUUCUCCUGCAGUGAUUGUGGCAAAGGCUUCAUUCAUAAGUCUAGGCUCACUACCCACAUCAGAGUGCACAAAAGGGAGAAGCCCCAUGGUGACCUGAAUAACUCUGAUAAAAAAACAAAACCAUGCCAGCUCUUUAGACUAACAGAGGAAGACUGGAGUUCCUAGAUCCUGGAACUUGAGGACCGUAGAAAUAAUUUACCAAUACUUUCCACUUAUUUUACAAAU